GUCAUUGGUAGCGUUUGUAUUGAUGUGUUUGUACUUCGUAUAUUUUUACUUGCGAAUGCGAAUUUGAGAUUGUUUGGACACAGAUUAUUGAUGUUAAUAAUCAAAAUCCUUUUUAUGCAAGCAAAAUGGAAGCGUUGUAUCAUCAAACCAAUAAAUUAAUACAAGAAACGCAGCACAUUUUUUCACAGCUUGAGAGAAAAACAUCCGACACGGAUCUACAAGAAGUGAAGCAAACUAUCGAGGAUAAAAUUAUUCUUAUCAACAGUAAUUGCGAACGACUCGACAUGCUAUGCCUCAAAGGUCCAAUGUCGCAAAGGCAGAACAACAGAAUGAGAGUGGAUCAGCUGAAAUAUGACAGUCGUCAUCUUAGCGCUGCCUUGAGCUCGUGGUGCCACCGUGUGAUGCGGCAACAAAGGGAGGAGGCAGAAAGAGAGGCUUUACUGGCCAGGAAAUUUACUACUAACGACCACGUGGACAUCUUUAUUGACCAUUCCGUUCAACAUAAUAAUAGCUUGCACAAUGCCGUCCAUGGUAUAGAUGACCUGUUGCAUCAAGGUAGCAGUGUUUUGGAUAACUUGAGAUCUCAGAGAAUAACAUUAAAGGGAGCUCACAAACGUUUGAUAGAUAUUGGUAAUACCUUGGGACUUUCCAAUACUACUAUGAGGCUCAUAGAGCAACGAGCCAAGCAAGAUGGAUUUAUUUUAGUUGCUGGUAUGACCUUUACUUGUAUAGUAAUUCUGUUGGUGAUAAUUUAUCUCACUUAA